UGACACAAACUCAUAUGUUGAGCUUAGCACGAGAAGGAAGACUUGUCUUUUCAGUUGUCAAAGUUAGCUACAUGUUGCGUGUUUUUUUUCUCAAGACAUCAUUUUCACAGAAGGCAUAUCUAAAUGGAGUCACAUGUUUUGGCUGAGAACACUGGUAAACUGUAAGUUAGUUUGACCGACUUUGAAUGUUGACUUUUCUUAAAGAGAAUUUACAUGUGUGCAUGUUAUGUACCAUAACUGUUUUCACACAUCAAAAUGCUGGAUUAGAUACUCUUUUAACGUUUCAUCUUUCUUUUUCUCUUUUUAGCUUGACAUGACUUCAAUUCAGCUUCUGUGAUUUUACUCCAACAUUCCAAACAUGGCAGCUUAUGCCCUUGUCAGGGAGAACUUUAAGUUUGGCUCCCUCUUCUUCAAAAGUAAAGAUGUAAUGAUCUUUAAUGGUAUGAUUGCUCUAGGCACUGUGGCGAGCCAGACCGCAUACAAUGUUUUCGCCUUUGAUUGCCCAUGUUCACCUGGAAGAAAUUACUACUAUGGCAUUGCUGCCAUUGGUGCUCCGGCUUUGGCGUUGUUCAUUGUUGGAGUAAUGUUGAACAAGAGAACAUGGGACCUAGUCUCAGAGUGUCGACUGAGGAGGUUCCGGAAACUGUCAGCAGCUGCAGCAUUUACAGUACUGGGAAGUAUUGUUGGUAGAGCCUUGGUGGCACCUCUGACAUGGACCGUUCUAUCCUUGCUGCAGGGUUUGGCAUACACAUGUGCCUUCAGUGAGUUUACUGAUCCCAGCACUAUGAAGGACUUCCCCCCUGGUUAUAAUACAGAGGACAUGGCAAAGUUCCCUUGCAAGGAAAGUGUUCCAACAGAGCUGCAAAACUUUUGGCCAGAAAUUGACCGGCGUCUGAAAUAUGAGUCACAGUUGAUAGGCUGGCUAGUGGUUGCUGGGACGUCUGUGAUGGUGUUUAUGGUCAUGUGCACGAAACAUUGCUCCUCGCCCCUUGGAUAUCAGCAGGAAGAAUACUGGUCCAAGUAUCGCGCCAAUGAAAAGAACCUCUUUCAUCGUACAGCCGCUGUCCAUGCCCAACUUAUGGCUGCAAAGUAUGUUAAGAGCUUCUUCGGUUUUGUGGCUUUGGAUCAGGAGGAAAAGGAACAUGUAGCCGAACACCAAGCUGCAGCCAGUCCCAUCUGCAGCACAGAGUGGAACAGAGUGUCUGGUGUCUACCUUUACAGAGAGAAGAAUGGACUACCUCUAUACAGCAGACUCAAUAAAUGGGCCACAUACAGCGAGGAGAACAAUGUUGAGGCUUUUGAUAAAGAAAUGGAUGAAAUAACCAGUUUUAUUACUUAGCACAGUCCAGUUACUGAUGUUCCAUUGCACAACAUUGGUACCCUUACUAACUUGUCAGAUUUCGUUAAAACAUUUAGUCAUCCAUUAUAUAUUUAUACCCAUUUACUUUUGAGUAGUACGAGGAGCACUGGAGCCUAUCCCAGCUGUCAACGGGCAGGAGGCAGGGUACACCCUGAACUGGUCGCCAGCCAAUCGCAGGACACAUAGAGACAAACAGCCGCGCACCUAGGGGCAGUUUAGAGUGUCCAAUUAAUAUUGCAUGUUUUGGGAUGUGGGAGGAAACCGGCAUGCCCGGAGAAAACCCACACAAGCACAGGGAGAACACGCAAAUUCCACACAGGCAGGGGCGGGAUUGAACCGGGGACCUCAGAACUGUGAGCCCAACGCUUUACCAGCUGAUCCCCCGUGCCAAGCACAGCUGUAGAGCAUUGGCCUCACAGUUCUAAGGACGGUGGUUCAAAUCCCAGCCCCACCUGUGUGGCUUUUCUCUGGGCACUCCGGUUUCCUCCCAUAUCCCAAAAACAUACAUUAAAUGGAGACUCUGGAUUGCCCAUAGGUGUGAUUGUGAGUACGACUGUUGUCUGUCUCCUUGUGCCCUGCGAUUGACUGGCAACCUGUUCGUGGUGUACCCUGCCUCCUGCCCGAUGACAGCUGGGAUAGGCUCCAACACUCCCGCGACCCUUGUGGGGAUAAGCAGCUCAGAAGAUGAAUGGAGGUAUAUAUAUAUAUAUAUAUAUAUAUAUAUAUAUAUAUAUAUAAUAU